UGGCGGCAACAGCAGCAGCAGCGCCUGCGCGCUCAGGGGCCGCCGCCGCCUCCGCAGCCUGGGAGAGAGACCGGAUCCGCCGCCGCAUCCUCUUCCUCCCCCACCGCUUCCCCGCGGCCGCCCGUGGUCGGGACGGCCAGGCACGAGAGGAAGCGGCGGUCGGAGUCAGUCAAGUGCAGCCACUGAUCACGAGAUGUUACCACAAAAUCUACCUCAGACUUCACUUUUGUUCAUUCAGUUGCUGCGCCAUAGAUCUCAACGGGAGCUCUGCAGACACUCUUGAAAGUCUCUGAACAGAUUGGGACAUCAAGUCACAGCAUGAUGACCUAAUAGGAGGUCAAAGUCUGAAACAUUGAUUCAGCAGUUCAAGAUAACACUGCGCUUAUAUCAGUAUCACUUCUGAAGGCUACAGACCUCCUGCCAUUUCUUUCCUGGCUACUUCAGAAACACUCAGCUGACCUUUCUUGGGUGAAGAGAUCUUGACUUUUCUCUCUGGUCCUGGAAAUAUUAAUGGAAUACAGUCAUGUCUACCCAGGACGAGAGGCAGAUAAAUACAGAGUAUGCUGUAUCCUUGCUGGAGCAGUUGAAAUUCUUUUAUGAACAGCAGUUGCUAACUGACAUAGUGUUGAUUGUUGAGGGCACUGAAUUUCCCUGCCAUAAGAUGGUUCUUGCAACGUGCAGCUCAUAUUUCAGAGCCAUGUUCAUGAGCGGGCUGAGUGAGAGCAAACAGACACACGUACACCUGAGGAAUGUGGAUGCAGCCACUCUGCAGAUCAUCAUCACUUACGCAUACACGGGUAACCUGGCAAUAAGCGACAGCACAGUAGAGCAGCUCUAUGAAACUGCCUGCUUCUUACAGGUAGAUGAUGUGUUACAACGAUGUAGAGAAUACUUAAUCAAAAAAAUUAAUGCGGAAAAUUGUGUGCGUCUAUUAAGCUUUGCUGAUCUCUUCAGCUGUGAGGAGUUAAAACAGAGUGCUAAAAGAAUGGUGGAGCACAAGUUCACAGCUGUGUACCACCAGGAGGCCUUCAUGCAACUGUCACAUGAUCUACUGAUAGAUAUUUUAAGCAGUGACAAUUUAAAUGUGGAAAAGGAGGAGACAGUGCGUGAGGCUGCUAUGUUAUGGCUGGAGUACAACACGGAAUCCCGCUCGCAGUAUUUGUCCUCUGUUCUUAGCCAAAUCCGGAUCGAUGCACUUUCAGAAGUAACACAGAGAGCCUGGUUUCAAGGCUUGCCACCUAAUGAUAAAUCAGUGGUGGUGCAAGGACUGUACAAAUCGAUGCCCAAAUUUUUCAAGCCCAGACUUGGCAUGACAAAAGAGGAGAUGAUGAUAUUCAUCGAAGCUGCUGCUGAAAACCCUGGUAGUCUUUACUCUUCUGUCUGUUACAGCCCACAGGCAGAAAAGGUUUACAAACUCUGCAACCCUCCCGCCGACUUGCAUAAGGUUGGGACGCUGGUAACUCCCGAUAAUGACAUCUAUAUAGCAGGUGGGCAAGUUCCUCUGAAGAACACAAAAACCAAUCACAGUAAAAGCAGCAAACUCCAGGCUGCCUUCAGGACUGUGAAUUGCUUUUACUGGUUCGAUGCGCAGCAGAACACUUGGUUCCCCAAGACGCCAAUGCUCUUUGUGCGCAUCAAGCCGUCCCUGGUGUGCUGUGAAGGAUACAUCUAUGCCAUCGGGGGCGACAGCGUCGGCGGGGAGCUCAACAGGAGGACUGUGGAGAGGUACGACACCGAGAAGGACGAGUGGACCAUGGUGAGCCCCCUGCCCUGCGCGUGGCAGUGGAGCACGGCUGUGGCGGUGCACAACUGCAUCUACGUCAUGGCGCACAACUUGAUGUACUGCUACUUCCCCCGCUCGGACGCCUGGGUGGAGAUGGCCAUGCGGCAGACGAGCAGAUGUUUCGCCUCAGCUGCUGCUUUUGGUGAUAAGAUAUUCUAUAUCGGAGGACUGCAUAUUGCCAGCAAUUCUGGGAUAAGGCUGCCCAGCAGUACUGUGGAUGGGUCUUCUGUAACAGUGGAGAUCUACGACGUGAAUAAAAACGAAUGGAGGAUGGCAGCCAACAUCCCUGCCAAGCGCUAUUCCGACCCGUGCGUCAGGGCCGUUGUCAUCUCCAAUUCCUUAUGUGUCUUUAUACGGGAGACCCACAUGAACGAGAGAGCCAAGUAUGCCACCUACCAGUAUGACCUGGAACUUGACCGCUGGUUCCUGAGGCAGCACAUAUCGGAGCGCGUGCUGUGGGACCUGGGCAAAGACUUCCGGUGCACUGUAGGAAAGCUGUAUCCAUCUUGCCUUGAAGAGUCCCCGUGGAAACCUCCGACGUAUCUCUUCUCGCCAGACGGAGCUGAUGAAUUCGAGCUGGAUGGGGAGAUGGUUACUUUACCACCUGUAUAGCUCCCAAAUUAGACUGCACAACUGAGUCUGUGCUCAGUUAUAAAAUAAUAAAAGAAAUAAAUGGCUGUGAAAGAACAGGUCUGGGGACAGAAAUCUCAGAGCUGUCUUUCAUGAGUUGUAUUUUUAUGCCCUACCUAACACUUGCCGCCAUUCAGUAUGAAUUAGUGAAAAGAGCAGAUAUGCUUCCAUAAUCUCAAAUACUAUUAUCAGAUAAUUGAGAAAAAUAUAUGUAUAUCAUGAGCUUGAGCAUCUGACUUGUCUAAAGAAUUAAUUCUAGUUCUAUAAAGUCUCCAUUCAGGAAAAUUAGCUUAAGAAAAAAAGUAGUUAUUGUUUCUAGGAUGAUGUCACAACUCUUUUGAAAGUAUCUUCCAGUUACAUUUUAACUACUUCUGGAUAUUCUACUUAAGUGCUAGUUAUAUAAUUGCCAGUGUGGCCUAAUUAAAGGACUGUGCCGCACUUACUAAAUACUAAUAUCUAUGUUGGUAUAGUAAUGCCAUUAAAAGAAAAAGAAACAAAUCCCAUGGAUCUACACCUGUGGUAGGAAGGGUAGAUCUUCCAUUGUAUGGUAACAUGCUGGGCAAAAUGACUGCAGGUUCAGUCAAGCUGUAUGAUGAGGUGCAUGUAUUCUAUUUUCACUAACUUAUACCUGUCUAUUUAGAAUACAGGUCUUCCAAGCAGCUGGUAGAUUACCAGGUGUGGACUUAAGUUGCUGGGCUUGCAAUAGGAAUUGCCAGCCCUCAUAGUGCGGGUCUAUGUGGGGCUUUAAUCAGUAAAUGCCCCCACAUUCUGUAUUACAGUAACAUUGGCUCAUGUAUAUUACUUCCUGCUGCUGAUGUAUUUUUCCAUUGUAAAACGAAGUUUUAGUGUGGAUUAACCAGGUCUUUAUUUUCUGUUAAUUUAAUAACAAGCAUUACUGUAGUGUGAUUGUGUAUAGAUAUCCCUUAGCUGUCAGGUUUUUUACUUUGGGGGGAAAAGCAAACUUCAGGAAUAUCCUGUGCUGUGUGUGCAGGAGAGCAGAUGCCUAGUGCUGCUCUGGCAUUAAUCCCAGGAACCACUAGCAGUAGCGGGGUGCCGCCAACCUAACAUGAACACAGGUGCUUCAUGACAAACCUUACUAGCAUGUUCAGCUGCAUCAUGUUCUGGCACUGUAUUUUGAAUGACAUUAAUUUAUUAAAAAAGACUGAAUCCAA